AUGGCCGAAAAGACCUCAAAGCCAGUAGAAGCUGGUAUCAACCUAUCUCCCGUCCCUAGUAUUAUGGGCAAGGAAGAGAAUGGCGGCGGGAGCAUCACUGCUGGUGAAAAUUCCAGUACUGAUGAGUCCGAGCUAUUCCUCCAGCAACAUGGAUUCACAACCGAGUAUCUCAACGAGCUCGUAUCAGACAAAGAAAAGAACAAGCGGCUGGUGAAGAAAGUCGAUAUGCUGCUUUUGCCAUUGAUGGCCGGCACCUACGUCCUCCAGUUCAUCGAUAAACAAGCUCUCUCCUACAGCGCUGUAUUCGACCUCCUUGAGAAUACCGGCACUACUCUUGAGCAGUACAGCUGGUUUGGCAGCAUCUUCUACUUUGCCUAUCUAGUUGCUGAAUACCCAUGGUCUUUCCUUGCACAGAAGACGCUCAUGGGCAAGGUCGUUGCUGGUUGCAUCCUCGCUUGGGGAAGCAUACUGAUGAUCACUGCUGCUAGCAGUAACUUCGCCGGCCUCGCAGUAUGCAGAUUCUUCCUUGGCACAUUCGAAGCUCCUAUUACUCCAGUUUUUAUGAUGAUCGUGGGCAUGUGGUAUACCCGUGAAGAGCAGCCUUUCCGCGCUGGUGUCUUUUAUAGUUGCAACGGCAUCGGCCUCAUGCUUGGUGGACUUCUCAGCUUUGCCAUUGGUCAGAUCCAAGGUUUCGAGGUCUGGAAGGCCAUUUUCAUUAUUUGUGGUGGCAUCACAGUACUCUUUGGAGGUGUUGUGCUUUGGAGACUGCCCGAUAAUAUCCUGCGGGCCAAGGGCUUCAGCCUGGAGGAAAAAGCUUUGCUUAUCGGUCGCGCCAGGCUAGCAAAGACUGGUGUGCUGAAUCGCACUAUCAAGUGGAGUCAGGUCUGGGAGUGUCUGAUGGACCCUCAAAUCUGGCUUCUGUUCAUCUUCGUCUUGGUCAACGAGGUCAUCAACGGAGGUAUUGGCAAUUUCGGCUCUUUGAUUAUCAAGGGUCUGGUGGACAACGCCCUUCUCAGCGUCGUUUUAGGCAUUCCACAAGGUGCUUUCCAAGUCUUCUGGAUCCUUUCUGGUACUUGGCUAGCAUCAAGGUACCGGAAUAUGCGAACUGUCAUUAUGGCUGUCUAUAACAUCCCGACAAUUCUUGGCCUUUGUUUGAUCUGGAAGCUUGACCGCAAGACCCAGAAAAUUGGCUUGCUCUUUGGAUACUAUAUGGUCACAGCAUAUGUGACUUCACUUGUGCUGGCCCUUCAAAUGCCGUCUUCUAAUCUUGGAGGUUACACAAAGCGUGUUACUGGUACGGCAGUGGUAUUUGCUGCUUACUGUGCUGGAAAUGUUAUUGGUCCACAUGCAUUUCUUGCCCGUGAGGCGCCCGUCUACCAGACUGGUGUUAUUGUCAUGCUAGCUUGUGGUGUGGCCCAGGUGGUGUUGGCUGGCAUGUUGCGAUACCUCCUGAUCCUGAGGAACAGGAAGCGUGAUCAGGCCGCGGCCGAGUCUAUCCAGGCACCAGAAGAUACCAGCGCUGAUGUGACUGACUUCAACAACCCGCAUUUCAGAUACGUUCUGUAA